CCACAAGGCUACAGGCAAUCCCCCAAAGAAAAGCGAAAUCGGACCCCCAAGUCUCCUCACCCCACCAAAGCGGCUCUAACGAAUAAUUUACACGUGGGAAUUUCCGACCUCAAUCCCCAACCAUGGGCUGGCUACAAUACACCAUGGCCACGCCUCCCCUCCUCAUCAUAUUCCUCCGAGUGAUCUCGAUCUUCCUACCUAAAAAGCUCUCCCAGCUCGCGUCGUUCGUCGCAUUCUGCAUCACCGCCACCAUCGCCUUGUGCUUCUGCGCUUCGUACGGUGUCUUUGCGAGCAUCUUCCUGAGAUGCAUAGGAUACGGUGGACUCAGCCAAUGGACUGUCGCAAGGGCGUUCAAGUGGACUAUGUGGAUCUUUACUGGGGUUACCUUCCGUGUUACAGAGAGCGCAAGGGUGGAAGGUGGACGACGGGGAGGUGAAGAGGCUCUCAAGGAGAGGCCGGCCAUCUUUGUUGGAAACCAUCAGACAGAACUCGACGUCCUCAUGCUUGGAUGCAUGUUCCCUCAAUACUGCUCCGUCACCGCGAAGAGCUCUCUCAAAUGGGUACCCUUCUUGGGCUGGUUCAUGGCUCUCUCUAAGACUGUCUUCAUCGACCGUGCCAACCGCGCCACUGCCCGCGCAGCUUUCGACGGCGCCGCAAACACCAUCCGCGACGAGCGUCAAUCCGUCUUCAUCUUCCCCGAAGGCACGCGAUCCUACGCCGAGAAGCCCGAGUUGCUGCCCUUCAAGAAGGGCGCCUUCCACCUCGCCAUUCAGGCCCAAGUGCCCAUCGUUCCCGUGGUCGUCGCAACCUACAGCCAUGUCUUGAACCUGAAGCAGAAGAAGUUCGUCCCGGGUGUUGUAGACUUUAGCGUGCUUCCUCCGAUCCCAACGAAGGGACUCACGCCCGCAGAUGCUGACGCGCUCACGACCAAGACCAGAGAUGCGAUGAUGAACGAGCUCAUCCGCCUGUCUCACCUCACCGAGAACGGAUCGAAUACUCCUCUCCCCAGGGCGACUGGCGUCGAGGACAGUUCAGCGGAGCUGAGGAAGAGGAACUGAAGAUAAGAAGGUCCUGAUGAUGCGACAUGUUUGACGAAGCGACGACAUAGAAGAGGGAUUACGGGUGGAAGGAUGCGAAAUGGGAAUUAGGAGUGUCUGUUUGUUCAGCAUCAUGAAAGG